AAAGCUGGUAUCGAUAUUUCAGUAUUGAUCCGCACAUCCCUCAAAGAAAUCUGCCUGGGCAAUUACAAUUAUUGUAUUGUCAAAAAUGACGUAGUCCGCUGCUGGUAGCCUAUAUGUACCCGUUAGCUACUUUUCAGGUGUGUGUGACAUAGCUACGAGCUACUAGCCACAGCAAGGAAGCCCCAGUCUCAUGGUGUUUGUUGGGAACAUCGGUUGCUUAGUAACACUUCUUUCUCGUCAACGACUGACUUAUUCAAUCUAUGUAGUUCUUUACUUUUUAAAUUCCACAACUGCACGAAUCAUGUGCAAAGCGUCGUCAUUUAAAAACAGUGUUGAGCAACAUAAGUCGUCAGAAGCCCAGUGAUUGGCAGGCAACCAGUCCAUGGUGUACCACGUCUGUCGCCCAAAGUCAGCUGGGGUAGGCUCCAGCUCACCCGUGAUCCUGAACAGGAUAAGCAGUAGAAAAUGAAUGAAUGUACUCCACUCAGAGUCGCAGGAACACAAGAGAGGGAAUCUCAACGAAAUUGUGCUGUACUGGACUGUAAGAACAAAAUGACUUGAAGACAGUAACGCUGCUUAAUACAUCAGAGCAUAUCAUAACAACCCCUGGAUACGAGGCAGCACAGCGAUGACAUCAGGGCAAACUGCUUCAACGCUUAGCAGGAAAUACAUCAGCCAUGGCCGGUCCUAUCAUCAGGAAUUGGUGGAAUACCUACCAGCUGGGCAAAUCUGACACCAAAGACUCCAACAGAGAGGUGGACAAUGAGGACGUGACAGUGAAAAGGCAGUUAUCCAUAAGUCAGGCACUGCGAACCAGGCAGCUACGUAUAAACUUUGACGAAGGACGCCCAGUUUUGAGUCUAAGAGCACCGCUGGAUUUGGUUCAGUUCCCAUCUGUCUCGUGUCCCCGUUGGCCCAUAGAGUGUGAGGUCAUCAGCAAUGCAAUCCAUCACAUAGAGUGGGAACCUCCUCAUCCCGAGCCUUUCUACUACCCUAAAGGCCAUGAGAGGAUACCCUUUCAGUCUGGGGAGGAGGGCCGACAAGUGGUCUAUUGUAUUGACAAUGGCAAUAAGUGUUCCUACUUCACGUGCUCGCGUGUUGGAGGUUCAAGGGUGUCGGAGAGAAGAGCCUCUUUCAGUGACGUCAAUCAAAGACAACGCUCUCUUGAGUUCGAGUCCCGAUUUGAGAGUGGGAACCUUCAGAAGGCUGUGCAAAUUGGUCCCUUCAACUACGAGCUCACCCUGCGCACAGACUUAUACACCAACAAGCACACGCAGUGGUUUUACUUCAGAGUGAGGAACAUGAAGCCAGGGGUGACCUACCGUUUCACUAUUGUCAACUUCACCAAGCGGCGCAGCCUUUAUUCCCAGGGCAUGAGGCCGCUGCUGUACUCCGAGAGAUCUGCUGAGGAGAGCGCUGUUGGCUGGCAACGCGCUGGCUCCAACAUCGCGUACUACCGCAGUCAGAAUAGGAAGGGCAACAAUGAGCCGGAGAGCCUGUACUCCCUCACGUGGACUCUCCAGUUCCCGUAUGAAGCUGACACCUGCUACGUGGCGCACUGUUACCCCUACACCUAUUCACACCUGCAGUGCUAUCUUAGGCACAUUUCCUCCAACCCGACAGUAGCCACGUACUGCAAAGUGCGGGUGCUGUGCCACAGUCUUGCUGGAAAUGCGGUCUACGUGCUGACUGUAACGUCACGGACGGGCGACAAGGUGAAAGACAGCAGCAAGAAAGCUGUCGUGGUGACGGCCCGAGUGCACCCUGGAGAAACCAAUGGCUCCUGGAUGAUGGAGGGGUUCCUCGACUUCCUGCUCGGGGACUCGGCUGAUGCUCAGCUUCUGCGGGACACUUUUGUUUUUAAGGUGGUGCCAAUGCUGAACCCAGAUGGUGUGGUGGUGGGCAACUACCGCUGCUCUCUGGCCGGCAGGGACCUCAACAGGAAUUACAAGUCAGUGCUCAGGGAUUCCUUUCCGUGUGUAUGGCAUACCCGAAACAUGGUGGAAAAACUGAUGGACCAGACAGAUGUAGUUCUCUAUUGUGACUUUCAUGGCCAUAACCGUAAAAAUAACGUCUUCAUGUACGGCUGUAACAACCGAGAGGAUGUUUCAUCGAGGCUCCAUGAGAGAGUCUUCCCGCUGAUGAUGAGCAAGAAUGCCAGCAACAAGUUUUGCUUCAAGAGCUGUAAAUUCCAGGUUCAGAAGAGCAAAGAGGGAACGGGUCGAAUCGCCAUGUGGAGACUCGGCAUCAAAAACAGCUACACGAUGGAGGCCACGUUUGGCGGCUCUACACUUGGAGACCGGAAGGGAACACAUUUUACCACUCAAGACCUUAAGUCGCUGGGCUUUUACGUUUGUGACACCUUGCUUGACUAUUGUGAUCCAGAUCCAAGUAAAAUGACUUACUGUCUGACAGAACUGACAGCUCUGCUGAGAAAAGAAGCCAGAGAACGUCUGGGCAAAGAAUCAGACACGGACUUCUCUGUCUCUGAUUUGGAAUCUGGCACCAGCGGUUCUGAUAGUUCUGAUUCUGAUGGACUUCCAGCUCAUUUGCUCCAGCAGGCACACACUGUUCAUGCGGAGCAAACUCCUGUGAAGAAUAAACAGAAAUUGAGUCACAAAAAAAGAAACAGGCUGAAGUCUAACAUGCAACCAAAGGUUCUCCCUGGAAGCAGUCUUCAACAUAUUGAGGCUGACCUUCAGCAUGAGGAGAAUGCAGGUAAAGAGAGCAUUAAGGAAAGCCUGCCGGGAAGACACAGGAGAAAAUGGCAGUUAAAUACUCCAGUCAGGAAGAUUGUGAUCCCUGCAGCAAAUACUAAUCAUGGAGACAUCAGUCAUGUGACCCUGUGGCAAGGCUGUGAGCCUGUCAAGGAUGAUUGUGGACAAGACACCAGCACAGCAGCAGACAUGCAGAGAUCAUGUCCAAACAUCAACACCAUUGUAACUCUUUCGCCUCACAGAGUCCAACAAAGAAACGCAGCGCAGUGGAGAUACUCAUCACAGCUGCUGCACCUCAGUGCUGUGCUUCCACAUCGUCCAAAAUUCAUGCGUCCAAUCCAGCAUCAGCACCAGCAACAGCAGCAUUUCCAGCAGUAUAGUCAGCGGCAGCAGAAUCUCCAGCGGCAGCAGCAUCUCCAGCAGUACAGCCAGCGGCAGCAGCAUCUCCAGCAGUACAGCCAGCGGCAGCAGCAUCUCCAGCAGUACAGCCAGCGGCAGCAGCAUCUCCAGCAGCUAAGUCAGCAGCUAAGUCAGCAGCAGCAGCAGACUUGCUUCUCUAGGCUAUCAUCAUUCAAUGCAGCAACUGACCGGCGCCUGCUAUCAAACAUCACCAUUGAUCACAUCCCUGGCUGCCCUGGUUACAAAGGGACAAAUUCCUUUAUUGGGCCAAAUCGUUACUAUGUCCAUGAGGAUUUUCCCAGUGGAAAUGCAGACCUAUCCAACACCAAAUGGCUGGAUAAGAGAAAGGAAGGAGAUGUUGCUCAAGUUGGAUUGCUGAAACAUAUUCCAUUUCAAGAGCGGAAUCGUGGAGAUGUCAUCUUGGAACUCUCUCAGAGAAAACCUGCUUCCCACUCGAACGUGUUAGUGCCUGUACUGAGGUGCACAGACCUGCGAGGCAACAGUCUUUGUGAUGCGACUUUAGAAGACAAAGCAACAAAAGGUGUUUUACCCCCUGUGACAAAGUCGCCCUCGUCCACAGAGUGGCACGAUUCUGACUCCCUCACUCGAGAAUCGAAUGUCUAAAAAGAAUGCACCGCAGGCCAAUAAAAAAACAGCUGUGGGCUGCAAAUGGCCCCUGGGCCGCACUUUGGACACCCCUGGCCUAGCGUCUUGGCAGCAUGAAGUGCUGUGACAGGAAGUUGAUAAGCGGAUGUUUCAGUCAAACUGACGGAGAUGGAAUUGACUUUCUGUGUGUCUGACCAAGUCCCGUAAAGCCACAAAACCAACGAUGGCCUAGCAGGGGAAAAAAAGACAAAGAAAUCACUUGUCACACUCAACGGAAAAGACCAAAAUCUCGAUGUCCAUGAUUACAAGCAGCAGCAUACCUGAGUGAGGAUGAAAAGAGCCAGAACGAUGUGAACGCCUCUUUCCAGAGGCUGUAUGAGGAUGCCUUCGUUGAAGAGCUGAAAGAGGAUUUGCGGCAACUGCAGCAGGAUGCUCAGCAGCCAAAAUCCAGCCAACUCUGCCACCUUCCACAAAGCAGAGUAAUAGCAUCAACAUUGUGCAUCAGCGUUUCUGUUGUUGCGGUACAUUUGCGUGAGUGCUGUGCCUUCAUUCAACAUGAUGCCAUACCUUUUCAUGCAGGUUCCCCACAUAACCAAGAUAGAGUCUAAUGGCCUCAAUCAAAGUCAUCAGGAUGAGGACCGUCACCAGGAUGAACUUGUAGUAGUCAGGCAAAGCAGAGUACUAGUAGGGUAAAAAUGACAGAUAAAGGAAUAUUCUAGAUGAUGUCAUCUAAAUCGAAUAAUAUUACAAGGAGUUGGCGAUACUGCAAAUGUUGGUAUCGAUCCAGUACCAAGUAAAUGCGCCAGUACAAAUACCAGUACUUUUUUUACUUGACGUUUUUCAGGCUCAUUGAAUGAUGUUGUGAAAUUGCCUUUAAUUUGUUCACUCUGAUUUUAAUUCUAAAUAAAA